AUGUUUGCACUCCUAGCGAAAGGCAUCACGAGAAGGAGUCUCCCCCGGGCAGCUACGUUUGCUCUAUCCGGUACGAAUAUGACACGAUCCUUUACCGCAACCCAGACUGUGGCGAUGCCAUUGGCUGAAUUUCGUGACACGGUAUCUCGUCAAAAGCGUACAGAUGAGUCAGUCGGACGCUCUUGGAGCGCAACCGAGUUACGGCGCAAGAACUACGAGGAUUUGCACAAACUGUGGUUUGUGUUGUACAAAGAACGAAACAUGCUCUUGACAGAGCAACAGCUAAGUCGGCGCAAAGGCAUCAUGUUUCCGCAACCAGAACGCAUGAGGAAGGUCCGCAAGUCAAUGGGAGCGAUCAAGCACGUUCUGGGUGAACGCAAACGAGAGAUGUUGGCUAGGCUGGCGAGAGAAAAAUUGGAAUUUAAAAAUAAAAUGGAUGAAGAUGCUGUAGAGGAGCAAGCUUGA